CUCUCUCCUCUUGCAUUUUGUUUAUUAGUUAUUGGCCGUAAAGGGAAGGGAUCGGAUUAGGGUUUUAAUUCUUCAACGUCUCUCGUCUUCAUCUGCUUUUUCCUUUGGGAGAAAGAGGAGGGGAAUGAGAGAGACGAAUUUGGAUCUUUUCGACCCGAGAACGGGCAUGGACUAUUCCCCCAACGGCGACUUCGGCUUCGCUUUCAACGACAGCAAUUUCUCCGACCGGGUUCUCCGCAUCGAGAUCGUCGCCGAUCCCCCGGAGUCCUGCUCCGACGGCGACACCUGCCUCAGUCUCGCUAACUGGGAUCGUCACCGCAAGCGCCGUAGAGAAGACGUCAAGAAAGACAACGUUAGUGCUGGAUGUCCUGAGGAGCAGAUUCUGAAUAGUAACCAGCCUGAGGCCGAUGAUGGUGUAGGCUCUGAAAAUCAAGAUGAGGAGGUUGUUGCAAUGAUUGACGAAUCACUUUCAGGAGAUGAAGCUGCAAAUAGUAAUGAUUCAAACUGGAGCAUGGAUUGUUCAACAGUUCUGAGAGUUAAAACUUUGCACAUAAGUUCUCCAAUUUUAGCAGCUAAAAGUCCAUUUUUCUACAAGUUAUUCUCAAAUGGAAUGAGGGAGUCAGAGCAGCGGCAAGUAACCUUACGAAUCAAUGCCUCUGAGGAAGCUGCUCUCAUGGAACUACUGAACUUUAUGUAUAGCAAUACCUUAUCUACAAGUAGUGCUCCUGCUUUGCUAGAUGUGUUGAUGGCUGCAGAUAAGUUCGAGGUUGUUUCAUGCAUGAGGUACUGCAGCCGACUGUUGCGCAAUCUGCCUAUGACACCUGAGUCUGCGUUGCUAUAUCUAGAGCUUCCUUCUAGUGUCUUAAUGGCUGAAGCUGUUCUGCCCUUAACAGAUGCUGCAAAGCAGUACCUUGCUGCCCGUUAUAAAGAUAUAUCCAAGUUCCAAAAUGAGGUUAUGAGCCUUCCCCUAGCUGGAAUUGAGGCAAUUUUGUCUAGCGAUGAGAUCCAGAUGGCAUCGGAGGACGCUGUCUAUGACUUCGUGUUGAAGUGGGCGAGGACCCAUUACCCGAAAGUGGAGGAGCGGAGGGAGAUCCUGGGUUCCCGCCUCGGCCGUUUCAUCCGCUUCCCUUACAUGACCUGCCGAAAGCUCAAGAAGGUUCUGCAAUGCAACGACUUCGACCAUGAGCUCGCAUCCAAGGUUGUGCUGGAGGCUCUCUUCUUCAAGGCCGAGGCUCCACACCGACAGCGGACCCUAGCUGCAGAGGAGUCCGCCACCACCAACAGACGCUUCAUCGAGCGAGCCUAUAAGUACCGACCGGUGAAGGUGGUCGAGUUCGAACUUCCCCGGCAGCAGUGCGUGGUGUACCUCGACCUGAAGCGGGAGGAGUGCGUGAAUCUGUUCCCAUCCGGAAGGGUGUAUUCUCAGGCGUUCCACCUCGGCGGGCAGGGGUUCUUCCUCUCCGCGCAUUGCAACAUGGACCAGCAGAGCUCUUUCCACUGCUUCGGCCUGUUCCUCGGGAUGCAAGAGAAGGGAUCGGUCACUUUCGAAGUCGAUUACGAGUUUGCCGCGAGGUCGAAGCCAACAGAAGAGUACAUCAGCAAGUACAAGGGCAGCUACAUUUUCACCGGCGGCAAGGCGGUUGGGUACCGGAACUUGUUCGCCAUACCGUGGAACACUUUCCUGGCGGAGGACAGCCUUUUCUUCAUCAACGGCGUGCUUCACCUCAGGGCUGAGCUUACUAUCAGGCACUGACUGAUAGAAAAAGCUUUUUCUUCUUGGACUUCCUUCUUCUUCUUGCUUGCUGAGAACUAACCUUCCUUCCAGUGCUUCCUCUUUGUAUGGUUGGUUGCUAGCACCAGUGUUCCUUGUUUAUAUGCGUCAGAUGAAGAGUAUCUGUACCCUUGCUGUUAACUCCUCUAAUAUCUGUAUGUAGUUGGUAUAUCGGAAGGAUCUUAAUUUUUUAGUCUCA